CUUUCCAUUUGUCUCACAUCUGCAUCUGGAUCAUGGAUUCUGAUAUCAGUGAGAGAGCACUUAAAAAGUUAAUAAUUAUGGAGCUCCCAAGGAAGUUCUGGGCUGACUUGUCCAAAUUCUAUGAUUUGGAUCAUGGCUUGUUCAUCACAGACCUAAAUCCCAACAUAAAUGAAGGUUAUGUGGCUGCCUAUUUUAAACCUUUUGGAUGUGUCACAAUGUGCAAGGUCAAGAAUAGCUCCGAUUCUUCAAAGGGUAGACUGGCCUAUGUGAGGUUUUCCACCGAAGCUGAAGCAGACGAAGCAGACUGGGCUGGUCCUCACUUUAUCGGAGGGACAGAAUGUAAAGUUAGACGGGUUGUCAGUCCAAAGAUCUAAGGCGAGUCAGACGUAACGCCCACUCAAGUGCAAAUUAAACCUUCACUUCGCCGUCCAAUGGGUCUGGGCUACAUGCUGGAAGACCCUCAGUGGUUAGAUGAUGAAGGGAAUGAACAAACUGACCAAUUUUAAGAUGUAUUGUCUUUAGAAGACCUAAGACAAAGACUUUGUGUUGUCAAAAUAACCUGUAAAUACUUCCUAAUCUGCCAUCAGGUCUAUUAUGUUAUGGAGACCUAACACAUCUUCUUUAUUUUUUUUUUUUUUUUUAAAUCAUUCACCUUUUGCUUGGAUGUGUCUGUUAAUGGGUAAAUAUUUUCCCCAAAUGAAUGUUA